GACAACAAAGAUGUUGUCUCCGCAAGAAUGACGUGGGUGAAGGAAUUUCUCAAAAACUUCACACAUUUGGGGAAAUGGUUACGAAUAGGAGAAGUUACAGCCGUCGUCCUCGCACUUGGCGGUUUGAUGUUCGCCGCACUUUCUCUGCCGUUACCAUGGUUCAGGAUCGAGUUCAAGCAGGAUCUGAUAAUGGACGAACUUCUCGAUACCAUCCGAGCCUUUAAUAAGUCCAUAACGCAGGCAACAAAAGAAUUAGAGGAUUUCGCUGACCUUACACGACGAAGUUUCAAAGAUUUGACAUGUGAGGAAUUAGCUGGGGCGUUGGCCGGAGCUGCUGUGGCUUCCUUUUUUCCAGGUGUAAGCCAGGUCAUCAAACAGGGCAUGCGCAUAGCUAAGUACAUGCGCGCACUUGGCAAGAAGAUGAUGCACUACAAAUCGUUGUUCUACAAGCUGAUUACCUUGAUGAGGAAGAUAGACGGAUUCGCGGAUAUGGUCAAGAAACCGCUCUUGGUCGGAGUCACAAUGGAGAACAUGGGAAUGUUGAUGUUCCUAAUGCCCGUGAUCAUCACCGGAACCAUCGUCAUUUUCUUUGCAUUCUGGCCUCGGAAGUUGCGCAGCGGAAACUGGUUGCAAGGGAAGAAAAAGUGCUGCAUCGUCCUUGGGACGGCUACCAUUCACCUCGCCUUUAAUGCUGCUGGACUGAUGUUGUUUGAGUGGUGGGGACCAAUGCUAGCACAGAUCGCCGACGGUCUUCCCCUGACUAGCGCACAUCUGGUAAAAGAGUCGGGCUGGGCGCUCGUCGAGGCAGGUUUCGGCUGCGCAAUUGGUGCUUCUUUCAUCUUCUUCCUGCAAGCGUUCUUCUCCAUCUUCAGACCGGAGCCCGAGAUUGCUGCAGUCCCGCUGAAAGAAGUCAAAACGCCGCACUCUCUUCAAAAGUGCAAACAAGGCGAUAAUCACUUCGGCUCCAUGCCGACACUGUAUCGAAAGAAGGAAGAUAAAUCCACCACUGCAUCUUCAUCCAAACUGGCCAAAUACUCCGCCUCCUGCUCCCAGUUAGACCAGUGUACCUCAUCGGGAGAGUUCAAUGCCAAAUUGCGUUGGAAGAUGUUCCGAGCCACCAUGAUGGAUACAGCGCCACCUAGGGCCUGGUGCCUGAGUCUUAUCUUGACUUUUAUUGUCCUUUGGCUGUCCUUGGAGGCGGUGCUGCAGAAGUGGGUGACUUUUGACCCCACUAUGAAACCGAAGUGGGCAAAGAUCUUGUAA